AUACCCAUAGCUAACCCGCACAGAGUCAGCACGCCUUAAAUUGUGCUGAAUUUGGAGACUAAAAUCUGUCUCUUGAUUGGUUUAUUGCCGUUGUGCUGACUAACGAGCCGCCGUUUUUGCUGAAAUGUUCAAGCGGUGUUGUGCGAAAUUCAGCACAGAUUGAGAUUGUUGAUAGCUGAGGUUUUAUCUUUGAGCUUCAAAACCAACGAUUUUAAUGAGAAGCAUGGCAUCUUUCACUGAUCGAGUCGAAGAUGCUUUUACGAGGAAAGAUGGGACUUUAUGGCUCAACUCUACGGAGAGAUGUUGGAUUGCCUGAAAGUCAACAGCAUUGUUACCAACGAUAAUUUGUUGGAUCGUCUCGGUGUUGAUAUUUUCCGAAAUAUCAAUGCCGAAUUUUACAUACCGCAGAGUGCCAAGACAAAGAACACAAAUUUGGUUGCCUUAAGUUGUAACAAUUUUGCCAUUCAAAUGGAUCCAAGCCACAACUUCUCAGAAAGUCUGGUCAAAAACUCAAGCUUUUCAGAAGAAUUGCUGUCUCAACCAUGGAAAUGUUAUGAUAAAUCAAUAAUGCACCAGCAAAAGUUCAGAAUGAUGGAGGAAUAUGGGCAUAAAAAUCCAAGAAAAGUUAAACUUGUAAAUGGUGUAAAGGUUAUUUGUUCUGAAGAGUUUUUGCUUGGUAAGGGAAGUGAUGGAACUCGUGUUUACCUUGGACUCGGAAAAGAUGGUUAUGGAAAAGCAGUAAAACGAUUGCUUCGAGAUAACUGUGCGGAGUUAGCAGAACGAGAAAAAGAUAUUUUGAAUGAGUUGAAUGCCAAGCGUUCAAAUUAUGUUGUGAAUUAUUGGUAUCUUGAAGAAGAACCAGGCACAGAUUAUUUGUAUUUGAUACUAGAUUUGUGUGAGGAAUCGUUAGAAAGUUUUGUGAAAUCUUCUACUUUGCAAUAUCUUCAAAAAGCACUUCCUAAAAUUCUUAAGCAGAUUUUAAAAGGUUUAGCAGAUCUUCACAGCGGUCAGCGUCCUAUUCUUCAUCGGGAUUUGAGACCCUCGAACGUUCUUCGAGAUGUGGAUGGAAAUUUUUUAAUUGCUGACUUUGGUAUAAGUCAUAUGUUAUCUGAUGAAACUUCGACACAUCGGAGCAUACAAAGAGGAGCUAAAAAUUGGAUAGCUCCAGAGUCAUAUGACGUAUCAGAUGCAUCAAUUGAUAAAGUUCGUUACAAAAAAGAGUCUGACAUUAUGAAUGCCGGAAUGGUGGCUUAUUACGUUGCAACAAAGGGAAAACAUCCUUUUGGAGAUGAACGGCUUAGACUGGACAACAUUUUGAAAGGAAACCCAGUUGGCUUGGACGAAAUCGAGGAUGCCACGCUCAAAGACCUUUUAUCGUGGAUGCUACAGCUAAAACCUGAAGACAGGCCAUCAGCCAACAAAGCAAUGAAACAUCCUUUUCUAAUGUCAGAUGACGAAAAAUUUGAAAUGUUAUGUAAAGUUGGGAACCAACGACCGAUUAAAAUAAAUGAUGUCAAUUCAAGUGUCGUUCAACAAUUGAAUAGCGAACCCUCCGAUUGGAAAAGUCGAAUACAUCAUGAUGCCUAUGAUUAUUUUUGUACGGAUAAGGUGAGUGGGAAGAUUGUUAAAUAUGGGCCUUCAUGGACAGAUUGCUUAAGAUUUAUUCGAAAUUGUUGCCUGCAUUGGUAUGAUAAACCACGGCCAACACCACAACCUGAACCACUUGAAAAGAUUGGCGAUCCAAAGGAUUACUUUCUUGAAACAUUUCCAAGUCUUCCUGUUUUGGUGCAUGCGGCUGUCAGAUCAAAUAAUGAAUGGAAAAACAAACCAGAACUCAAAACCUUUUUCAAUUGAAAUAACACGAAUCAAUAUAUAAACAUUUUACUGACUGAAAAUUAUGUUUGAGAAAUGUUUUUAUAGAUGUAAAAUAAAAACACUCUUCAUUAUUAAGUAAUGCAUUAUGUAACAUUUGUAAUAAACUCUUUCCAUUGGCAUGGUUAUAAUUUUGGUAAUUAGAUUUAAGGAUAAAGGAAUAUAACAAUUAAAAUCGACAUUGGUGUUCACCGA